AUGGCUCCCAAAAGCAAAGCCCAGAAGAUGUCUGUGAGCACCUUCUUGGCAGACGAAAGCCUUGGCUCUUGGGCCGAUGAGAUGGAGGAUAUGCCUCUUUCUUCUACCACCCAGCCACUGUCUUCUACCUUCCGUCGCCCCACGGGUGAUAUGGGAUAUGGCUCCAGCUCCGGCGGUUUCGAGCGUGAGCGCGGUGGAUAUGCCGUCCGGGAGCCUCUUGAUCUCCCUACCCAGCCCCCCUACACUUGCCACGUUGGCAACCUUUCCUUCGAAGCGACUGAGGCCGAUAUCUCUGAGCUUUUUGCCGGAUGUGGUGUGACGAACGUCCGUAUCGUGGACGACAAGUUGACCAAGGCCCCUAAGGGAUUCGGAUAUGUCGAGUUCGAGACCGUCGAGGGCCUGCAGAAGGCUCUGGAUCUUUCCGGCUCGACUCUCCAGGGACGCUCUAUCCGUACCAGUGUUGCUGAGCCUCCCAAGGAGUCCCGCAUGGAAGGAAAGGAUCUUGACUGGUCCCGCCGUGGUCCCCUCCCCGAGCUUCCUCAGCGCCGUGUGCCUGAUCGCUCCAGCUUUGGACGUGGUAUGGAUGCUGGCUCCGAUGCCGGCAGCGAUCGCGGUGGCCGCCGCAGCAACUUCGAGUCUGAUGGAAAGCCACGUGAUUAUAACAACUGGGAGCGCAAGGGACCCCUUUCGCCCUCUGCUGGUGGCCCCGCCCGUGAGGGCCGACCCAACAGUAACGAGGGACCUGGUUCCAGCUUCCGGAGAACCGAGGCCGCAUGGGGUGAGGGACGUUCCCAGGAUGGGGGCUCGCGCCCUCCUCGCCCCGAGCACGUUCGCCCUGAGCCUACACCCACCGCUGCCGAUUUGGACAACCAGUGGCGCGCGAGAAUGCGCCCCGACGAAGCUCCUAAAGAGUCCGUCAGCCCCGCCUCCCCUUCUGCCACACCUGCCGUGCCGGCUGCCCCCGCUGGCCGCCCCAAAUUGAACCUGACCAAGCGCACUGUGUCUGAGACCCCCUCUGCUCCUGCUUCAAGCGCCAGCGACUCAAAGGCCAGCCCCUUCGGUGCUGCCCGCCCCAUUGACACCGCUACUCGCGAGCGCCAGGUUGAGGAGAAACGCCAGCUUGCCAUUCGCCAAAAGCAGGAAGCUGCCGAGAAGGCCAAGGCUGAGAAGGCCGAAAGGGCGGCUGAGAAGCAAAAGCAAGCCAAGCAGUCAGCCCCCCUGUGGACCACAACGGCAAGGAUGCCCUCGAGACCCCCCGCGGAGGCCGAAGAGGCCCCUGCUGCCACUCCUGCGGAAGCAAAGAAGGAGACCAACGGCUGGAGAGCCCCUGCCGCUGAGGCUGGUGCAGCUGCCGGUGGUGAUGACGAAGGAUGGAGCACGGUCAGCGUGAACAAGCGCAACAACCGCCGUGGACAGACUGGCCGUGGAUUCGCAUAA